AUGUCAUCCGGUAAAAGGCAAUCGGUUACUGUGGCACAACGUUUGGAGAUUGUUCAAAAAUUGGAAGACGGUGUAAGUGUUGAAGAUCUCGUUAUGGAAUACGGUGUCAGUAAGAGAACUAUACGCCGGUAUAAAAAGGACUCCAUGUCGAUUCGACAGCUGUCUGAGAAUCCACUGUGCAUGCAUUUGAAAAGGCAACGGACAUCGUUAUACGAGGACAUGGAAGCCGAGCUAUACAAGUGGGUCUUGAAAAGGCGGGCGCUCGGAAGGACCCUAACCAACACGUUACUGCAGGAGAAGGCCAAGGAGCUGCACGCUGAGUUUGGCAGUUCGUCAAACUUCACGGCGAGUCAAGGUUGGCUCUCUCGGUUCAAAACCAGGUAUAAUAUACGUCUCGGGACCGUGCACGAAGAAAAGGUGGAUAGCGACGAGCGGGCUGUGCAGAAAUUCAUAAACGAACUAGAAAAAUUGUUGAUUCGCGAGGAAUACACCGAAGAGAAUAUUUAUAACAUGUGCGAGUCCAUUUUAAUGUGGAGGGCUCUCCCCACAGAGGCACUAACACAGGAAGAAUAUCGAAGGACGUCUGUCACUAAAAUGAAGAGGGAUCUCGUUACAGUGGCGUUCUGUGCUAACGCUACUGGUAAACACAGGUUGCCUCUGCUUUUUGUCAACAGGUAUGCUAACCCCAAGGCUCUCAAGCAUUGCAAGCAAAUUUUACCAGUCGUCUACAAAUACGAGUGCAACGGUUGUAUCAACGAACGUGUGUUUAGUGACUGGUAUUCUAAUCAUUUUAAAGUUAGCGUGAGACAGUAUCAGUUACAUGAACAUCGUAAAGGAAAGGUGCUGUUAUUAGUGAACCAUUCUAGUGCACAUAUGAUUCCCGAGGAACUUCGGUAUGACACUCAGUUCAAAUUAGUGCUUUUCCCGCCUAACGUAUCUUCCUAUAUAGAGCCUAUGGCCCAGGGUGUGAUCGGCAGAUGUAAGAAAUUAUUUCGUCACGAACUGCUGCGCAAGGUUCUUCGAUACGAUCGUAACAUCAGGGAAUUUUACGCAUACUAUGACAUAAAACAUUGCAUAGACUUGAUCACGGACUCCUGGCGUGCGGUAACGGAGGGGAGCAUUAAGUACUCGUGGAGAAGACUCCUGAAACGACAGGCUAUAGCCAAGAGCGCCGAAACAGAGGGUAACGAUAGCGUCUAUCAGGAUUCGGAACUGAAUCAAAUUAUUCCGACGGAGCAAAUCGUCAAAUGGAUAUCCGAAUGCGAAGAGACGGAGUCGAUAUUAGACAAACGUAAUGUAAAACACGAAAGCUCGGCACACCGUUGUCCCAUAGAGGACGAAGAAUUAGACUAUAUAUUCCUCAUGUUAGGAAAGUGGGCCAAAACGCAACCCGAACUUAUUCAGUUGCAGACGAAAGUUUUAGUUGAUUAUUAUAAUAAAUAA